AUUUGCUAUAUAACUUGUUACCCUCAAACAUAGCAUUUUCCCAAAGAAAGCUUUUGAGACAGGAACCUAAAACAUAUUAAUGGGACCAUACAGAUAUUGAAAAUAUCAAGCCAUUCACAAUGCUGUACCGUACUGCUCUUCUUCCUUCUCUACGUUCCUCAGGACGAUUCUGGCAGCAAUCUGAUGUAGCUGGCUCCCACCCCUGUCUUCUGGCUCCCAACCUGGUCUUGAGGAAUACAUGCACCCGAGGUUGGAGUAACAUACCUUUUAUCACAGUGCCUCUCAGCCGAGCCCAUGGCAAGUCAUUUGCGCACCGCAGUGAACUGAAGCAUGCCAAGCGAAUUGCAGUGAAACUAGGGAGUGCUGUCGUAACUCGGGGAGAUGAAUGUGGCCUUGCCUUGGGGCGCCUGGCAUCCAUCGUUGAGCAGGUAUCAAUGCUACAAAACCAGGGCCGGGAAAUGAUUAUUGUUACCAGUGGGGCUGUAGCCUUUGGCAAACAGCGCCUCCGUCAUGAGAUCUUGCUCUCGCAGAGUGUGAGGCAGGCUCUCCACACAGGACAGAACCAGCUUAAGGACAUGGCCAUCCCUGUGCUAGAAGCUCGAGCUUGUGCUGCAGCUGGCCAGAGUGGGCUGAUGGCAUUAUACGAAGCCAUGUUCACACAGUACAGCAUAUGUGCUGCCCAGAUACUGGUCACCAAUUUGGAUUUUCAUGAUGAACAGAAGCGUCGAAACUUAAAUGGGACGUUACAUGAACUAUUGCGGAUGAACAUUGUUCCCAUCAUCAACACCAAUGAUGCUGUGGUUCCUCCCCCAGAACCAAACAGUGAUCUACAGGGGGUAAACGUAAUCAGCGUGAAGGACAACGAUAGCUUAGCAGCACGGCUAGCCGUGGAAAUGAAGACGGACCUGCUGAUCAUUCUUUCAGAUGUCGAGGGUCUCUUUGACAGUCCCCCAGGAUCAGAUGAUGCAAAGCUCAUUGACAUAUUUUACCCCGGAGACCAGCAGUCCGUGACAUUUGGAAACAAAUCACGAGUGGGGAUGGGUGGCAUGGAGGCCAAGGUGAAAGCAGCCUUGUGGGCUCUCCAAGGAGGUACCUCGGUAGUGAUUGCAAAUGGAACUCACCCUAAGAUCUCUGGCCAUGUCAUUACUGACAUUGUAGAAGGGAAAAAAGUCGGCACCUUUUUUUCAGAGGUGAAACCUGCAGGUCCAACAGUGGAGCAGCAAGCUGAAAUGGCUCGAGCAGGAGGAAGGAGUUUGGCAGCACUACAGCCUGAACAGAGAGCAGAAAUCAUCUAUCAUCUUGCUGACCUUCUGACAGACCAGAGAGAAGAGAUUCUUCAGGCCAACAGAAAGGAUCUGGAAGAAGCUGAGAGCAAAGGAAGACUGGCACUGCCUCUGUUGAAGAGACUCAGUUUGUCAACUUCCAAGCUGAAUAGUUUGGCCAUUGGGUUACGUCAGAUUGCAGCAUCUUCACAGGACAGUGUUGGCCGAGUCCUCCGAAGGACACGAAUCGCAAAGGAUUUGGAGCUGGAGCAAGUGACUGUACCCAUCGGGGUUUUACUAGUAAUUUUUGAAUCUCGACCCGACUGUCUUCCCCAGGUAUCUGCAUUGGCUAUUGCUAGUGGAAAUGGUUUGUUGCUUAAAGGAGGGAAAGAGGCAUCAUAUAGUAAUCAACUCCUUCAUCACUUGACUCAGGAAGCGCUUUCUAUCCAUGGUGUGAAGGAUGCUGUGCAGCUGGUAAAUACCAGGGAAGAGGUGGAAGACCUUUGUCGUUUAGACAAGCUGAUCGAUCUGAUUAUCCCCCGUGGCUCAUCUCAGUUGGUACGAGAUAUCCAGAAAGCUGCUAAAGGAAUCCCAGUAAUGGGUCACAGUGAAGGGAUUUGUCAUGUGUAUGUGGAUCUGGAAGCCAGUGUUGAGAAGGUCACCAGAAUAGUGAGAGACUCAAAAUGUGAAUAUCCUGCAGCCUGCAAUGCCCUGGAGACCUUGCUGAUCCACCGGGAUUUGUUGAGAACCCCUGUGUUUGACCAGAUCAUUGAUAUGCUGCGUGUGGAGCAGGUGAAAAUUCAUGCGGGCCCCAAAUUUGCCUCAUAUCUGACGUUCAGCCCCUCAGAGGUGAAAUCCCUCCGCACAGAAUAUGGGGACCUGGAGUGCUGUAUUGAAGUCGUGGACAGUGCGCAGGAUGCUGUUGAACACAUCCACAAGUAUGGGAGCUCCCAUACGGAUGUCAUCAUCACAGAAAAUGAGAAAACAGCUGAAUUCUUCCUUCAGCAUCUGGAUAGCGCUUGUGUGUUCUGGAACGCCAGCACCCGCUUCUCUGAUGGCUAUCGCUUUGGGCUAGGGGCUGAGGUUGGCAUCAGCACAUCGCGCAUCCAUGCCCGUGGGCCAGUGGGAAUCGAGGGGCUGUUGACGACCAAAUGGUUGCUAAGAGGGGUGAACCACAUCGUUUCUGAUUUCUCAGAGCAAGGAAGCAUGAAAUUCCUUCAUGAAAACCUUCCUAUUCCUCAGAGGAACAUCAACUGAGCGCUCAAGUGGAGAAUGGGUGUUUAUGGACAACGUUAUGGUUUCAGAACCUAAUCUGGAUGGAUCUUCGCUUCCCAGAAUGCAGAGUUUUUUGCAAUAUAGGCUUUCUGAAAACUUUGGGGUCUGCUUAAAGUGAUGACUUGGAGGCUGUAUUUUGUGCUCAAGUUAUUUCUCCCACUCAUACAGCACCACAGUGGGGACAGCAGGUACAGAUCAGGAUUCCUUUGCUCCUUCAGAAAAGAACGGUUCCCUGUCGUGGUCAACUGUGAAUUGCACAUAUGGUAAUUUCUGCACCUGCGCAGAACAGUUUUUGAAACCUAGAAAUUCUAUUAAACAUUUUUGGUGGUAGGCCCCGCCCACUCUUCCCUCUGAUUUUAAGUAGCCAGUGGGAGGGGCACAGCCUCCAGUUCUCUUUUUCCGCCGCCAUUAGCAGCAGCUUGAGAACCUUGCUUCUGACUAGCGUUUUUCAUUCUUUGAUUUUUGUUUCGGACUGCCUGACUUGCUAACUCUCUAACCCUGACCUGGACUGCCUUGACCUCCAUAUCUCCUCGUGAUUUGGUUCUUUGCCUUCUUGUGCUUGACCUGGACUGCUUGACUUUAUUUUAAUAGGGGCUGCCGACCUAGUUUUUUACCUUCCUUUGGUGUUGCCAUUUCCCACUCAUUUUACUCCACAAAGUGGGUUGGUAGUGAACCUAUUUAUUGAUUUUAAUGUCUCUUUUUCCAUUCCGAAAAUUCCAGAAUUUCUUUUGCUCCUUUUCUUACUUUGAGAAGCUAGUGGGUAGAAUGAAUUUUCUGCUUCCUUCGGAGAUUAGAAAUCUGAAAGAGGUUACAAUGAAAGUGCUCUUCUGAUAUAUGUCUUAUUUAAAAUAUUACACCACUUUAAUAAAUAUUCCAAGUUAAUGGAUUUAUCCAAGCAAGGCUUCUUGUGGCCAGUUACUAAUUGAUUGGUAAUAAGAGGGGAAGAGAAUCAUAGUUGAAUAACUAUAAUUGUUUUCAUGAUUCAAAGACGUAGCUGUGUUUGUCUGGAAUAUGAGUUUGCAAAUUAGAGAUACAUCUGAGGAAGUCGGCUUUUUCUAUGAAAGCUUAUGCUACCAUGUUUUUUCUCUCAGUCUCUGAGCUACUACGUGAUGAUGACCCUUUUAUGACUCUUUGUAUCAAAUAUUUUUUGUUCAUGGAUUUUAUAUAGAAUUUUGUUUCUCCUGGAAGAGUGAAAAUAUUUUUCAAAUUACUUGUUUUUUCAAAUAAAACUCACUUGCAAAAUCA